CCCACGUUGUUGUCACGACGUCGUUCAUCACGUGCCUUGGGUCGGCCUGAAUGUCUCCUUCGUUCUUUCUUUUUUUUUUAUUAGUGGAUCCCGUUAGCGAGCCUCGGCGUUCUCUCGUGUACGAUCAUAGUCAGUUGGUUCAUUCUGUACGGAGUGUGCAGCCAAUCAGCGUUUUGGUUACUCCUUGCUCAAAGCUUGACACAGCGAUAUAUUCCGUUGACGUUUAAAUCUGAUCAAUUUUACUCAAGCCUCGGUGGUGCGCGAACGACUAGUCGACUUUCCUCGCUUUCCUCGAUCAAAAGAACCAGCAAUAAAAACCGGCAGAAACUGCAGUUCUUCGUAUCAUAUAUUUCGACUCACAAUCAAUUCUCAUCGAUAAUCUCUCAUUGUGGAGCUUUAGAUCACCGAACAUGAAGCUCAGAUCAUCGCUUUUGAUUCUUCUGUUCGUUUUACUAACGAUCGAACUUGGGGAGGGAAAAACCAAGAAGAAGACGAAGCAGCUCGCUCUUCAAACCAGGGAGACAAACGUGGUGAACUUUGUUCGGCUGGUGGUGAUGCGGCUGGUAUUUGGAGUGGCCUCAGCGUUGGGAUUGCGAGAGAAUCUUUCCGGGGUCCUAGGAGGAAUAUUCGUUCCUCCAGGUGCAGACGAUUACGGCGAUUAUGGCGGAGACGAUGACUACACGGAGGGAUUUUUAUAAAAUUUGCAAUCAGAGAGAAGCCUGAACACGGAGAGCAAAGUGCAAAUAACGGUCACCCACGAUUCGGAGUUUCAAAUCCAUUGAUGUAAUUUUAUUCAAAUAGCUGAUUCGUACGUCGA